AUGCCCACUUCCCGGACCACCAAUUCUGACCGCAGCAGCUGCGUUGCUUUUGCCUCUUCUGAAGUGUUCCGCAUCGCUUCCUUGUUCCGUGAUUCAUCUUCUUCAUCUUCCAUCCUUCCACACCCACCUGCCUUCACUUCAGCUCCCUUGUGUUUCUCUGUCGCCUCGCUUACGUCUGGUUCGUUUCCCGCAUCCUUCCUGGCAUCCACACUGCUCUCUAGACCUGCGGCACCAACGGCGAUGACCAAUUGCCCUAACGUCCUCGCCCACGGGUCCUGCGCUGACAGCACCUGCCGGUAUGCGCACAACAUAGUGGUUUGUGAGCCCUGCGAGCAAGUUUUCGCCACCGAAGAUGGCCUUCGCCUCCAUAUGAAAAGUCAAAGGCACAAGAAAAGACUUGGCGGUUAUGCGACAGUCUCGUCCUGCUCAUUGUGCAACAUCAACGUCUACCAGGGAGAGAACGGAUGGGCUACUCAUGUCGCAUCUCCAAAACAUGUUAAAGUUGCAACCAACCUCGGCGUUGCACCAGAUGUCGCACGGCAGCCUGGGAUCACGCUUGCCAACGAGAUCCACUGCGAUAUCUGCCAGGUCAUCGUUCAACCCGCUCAUCAAUGGGGUGCGCAUAUCAAGACAAGGAAUCAUGUCAGGAGAGAAUCGUUCGCGAAAUACAAGACUGCAGUUGACGAUGCGGAGAAGGACAAGAACGGGGUUGGUAUUGAGGGUUCUCUUGACUUUGGUUUCGUUGAGCCCGCAGUCGCCCGUGAUGGGAUGAAGUUGACGACCACGAUUACGACUUCGCAGCCUUUUUCGAGCUCUGUCCUGGUUGAGGUUAAACUUGCGUCGUCCCAAGGCACACCUCGCACAGCAUCUCCGUUCUCCUCAAGCUUCCCUAUUCAGCAAUCUGACCGCAAGGUGACCUCGAGAAAAUCGAUAGCCGUCAUUUUUACCCUCAGCCAAGGACACAUAGGCCGCUAUGUAGACCGUGCCGAGUUCAUCUUCCAAGAUACGCAACUCAGGAAGCAAUUCACCAUCACUCGAACUUUAAAAGCCGUCGUUGGCAAUCAGGCAGAACACGAAGCCCUCAUGCCGCGUACUCCAUAUACUCCCCGGAGAAGGACGACUCAGAAGCCGAUGCUCGAGCUAGUGGAAGGCAUUAAACCUCCUGCUCUACACGCCAUCCCCUAUAUCGGUCGUCUCCCAGUGGCCAAUAUCCCAUCCCAGCUUCAGGGCAUCCUAUCAGGCUCACAAUCCACAACAAAGCUCGUUGACCAGAUACGCCGGGUAUUCAUGCCAAACGUCCUCGACUCAGAUACGUACGGCAGGCAUCAUAAAACCUUGUUAUGGAUCGAAGAAUUUAAGAUGGAACAGGAUCUCGAAAGAUACGACAUUCUUGACGCGACCCUUGCGCGACACAACAAUUAUUACUACUUGACUGUUCCAGGCCUGGCGGAGAAACGACCUAGCGUGCUUGUUGGGGACCGUAUAUUCGUACAAGAACAAGGAGCAACAGAUGGACGAUGGUUUGAAGGACACGUCCAUGUCCUUCGUCAGGCCGAAGUCGGCCUUCGCUUCCACGGAAGUUUCGGAAGAUAUUCAGAAGGUCGUCAUUUCCAUGUGAGGUUUAAGUUGAACAGGAUUCCUGUUCGCCGCCAACACCAAGCCAUGGACACCGCCUUCACCGAAGAACGUGUUUUGUUCCCAUUAAACGGACAUUUCAGCUCGGCUCAUGUUCCGAACCCGUGCGAUGCGUCUCUUAAUCUGUAUAACAAACUCAUCGGGGGAAAUCCACCUCAGCUUCAAGCUGUGGUCUCGAUUGUUUCCUCCCCACGAGGAUCUCCUCCCUUCGUAGUCUUCGGGCCCCCUGGUACUGGCAAAACUAUCACAAUCGUAGAAGCCAUCAAGCAGCUGUUGCACAAGAAUCCGACCACGCGAAUUCUCGCAUGCGCACCCAGUAAUUCGGCAGCGGACUUAAUCGCCUCUCGCCUGAGAGGUACCCUCGGUGUCGAUGAACUAUUCAGGUUCUACGCACCGUCUCGUUUCAAGAACCAAGUCCCUGACGAGCUCCAGCCCUACACAUACACUCAGGGUGACGGCCAUUUUUCUGUCCCAAUUAUGCCUCGCAUGCGUCGCUUCCGAGUUAUCGUGUCAACCUGCGUUUCAGCCUCUUUCGCUGCUGGAAUUGGCAUGCCACGAGGUCAUUUCAGUCAUAUCUUCAUCGACGAAGCGGGCCAGGCCACCGAACCAGAGGCUUUUGUGUCGAUCAAGAUGAUGGCUGACCCGCAGACGAACAUCGUCCUGUCCGGUGAUCCCAAACAGCUAGGACCUAUCAUUCGUUCUGGCGUUGCUCGAGCAUUGGGAUUGGAGACGAGCUAUCUCGAGCGUCUUAUGAACAGGGAUGCUUACAGUGUGCCAAUCGGUCAUGGAAAAAGCGUUGUCAAAUUAACCAAAAAUUUCCGUUCGCACAAUGCAAUUUUGCGAUUCCCUAACGAGAAAUUCUACGAGAACGACCUACAACCCUGCGCCAAUCCCUCCGUCAUUGAUUGCUAUCUCAACUCGCCCUACCUCCCGAGCAAGAAGUUCCCUGUCGUUUUCCAUGCUGUUCCUGGAAAGGAUGAUCGCGAGGCUUCUUCGCCGUCCUUUUUCAACAUCGACGAGGUACUUCAAGUCAAGGACUAUGUUCAAAGGCUCAAAGAAGAUCGGCGCUUCAGGACAGCUGACUCGGACAUUGGUAUUGUCGCGCCAUACCAUGCCCAAUGUCUGAAGCUCCGAACAUCUCUUCGCAGCGUUGCUGAUGGUAUCAAGGUUGGCUCCGUUGAAGAAUUUCAAGGGCAGGAGCGAAAAGUCAUCAUCAUCUCAACAGUCCGGAGCAGCAAAGAGUUUGUCGAAUACGAUCUUCGCCAUACGCUUGGCUUCGUGGCUAAUCCUCGCCGCUUCAACGUCGCCGUAACGCGUGCCCAAGCCCUACUCAUCGUUGUUGGAGAUCCCAACGUCCUUGGCCUUGACCCACUCUGGCGGUCGUUCCUCAACUACAUUUAUUCGAACGGCGGCUGGACCGGUCCGGAUAUCCCUUGGGAUCCAACUUUGCCAGUCGAAGAGGCGGGCGACUAUGACAAGGCCGUCCGUGAAGCUGCUCAGCUUGACAUGAAUGAGUUCGCUCGUCGCAUGGAGAGUUUGACCAUGGCCGAAGUAGAGGAUGAACUAGAUGCAAACGUCGACCGGCCGUGGCGUGAUGUUGAGUAG